GAAGAACCAUUCACGUCAAAGUAGUAAGUACCCUGGACCCCAGCGCUCCUUCCUUCAUCGGAAGGCACGUCCACCUCCUACCCCACAUCAACGUCUUUUGCCCCCCCACCUUGAAAUUCCAAUUGCCGUUUUGCGCCCACGCACACAUUUUCCACGCCACCCUCCAAAAGCAACCUGACCUCCUCCUCAAUCCGACUGCCUCUGAGAAAAGCGGAAAUAAGAGAGGAUUUUUUCUCGUUCUUUUCCUCUAGCGCCCGGACCAAUCUCUCAUCAAUACACCACCAGCACUCUAACUCAUCGCGCAAACUCGACAGACCCAACCAACCUACCUCUCCAACAACAUGGACUCUUUCGGAGGCGCUCAGACCGGCGGCGGCGGCGGCCGUGCUUGCUACACCUGCGGGCAACCUAACCACCAGGCCCGCGACUGCCCCAACCGUGGCGCGGCCAAGUGCUACAACUGCGGUGGCGAGGGCCACAUCAGCCGUGACUGCCCUGAGGGCCAGAAGGAGCAGAAGAUCUGCUACAGGUGCAGCCAGCCCGGCCACAUUUCCCGCGACUGCCCUCAGUCUGGCGGUGGCGGUGGCGGUGGCGGCGGCGGCGGCGGCGGUGGCGGCCAGUCUGGCGCCGAGUGCUACAAGUGCGGCGAGGUCGGUCACAUUGCCCGUAACUGCAGCAAGGCGGCCGGCUACGGCGGUGGCGGCGGCGGCGGCUACGGUGGCGGCGGUGGCUACAGCGGUGGCGGCGGCUCGUACGGCGGCGGCGGUGGCGGUAAGACCUGCUACUCGUGCGGCGGUAUCGGCCACAUGUCGCGCGACUGCGUGAAUGGAAGCAAGUGCUACAACUGUGGCGAGACCGGCCACUUCUCCAGGGACUGCCCCAAGGGCUCUUCCACCGGCGAGAAGAUCUGCUACAAGUGCCAGCAGCCCGGCCACGUCCAGGCCGAGUGCCCUAGCAACUAA